GCUCUUUUAGCUGAAGAUGGCUGCUGUGAGGACGCUCUCCGGUAACGGCAGGAUGAAUAUGUUGGUGUUUGUGUGUGUGUUCGCCGCGGUGAAGAGCGAUGAGCAGGUGCCUGUGGUGGCGUGGACGAGUGACGGGUUUGUCCUGUCUCCUGUGAAUGCUCCAUCAGCGGGACACACAGUGUCAGUGGAUGAGCUGGAGUCAUAUCUGAACAGAGCUAUGAGCACUACACCACAUAACCUGCUGCUCUUCCUGCAGGAUAAAUUGAGUGUUGAUGAUUUCACGAUGUAUGGAGGAGUAUUCGGAAACAAACAGGACAGCGUCUUCCGUAAUCUUGAGGCAGCUCUGGACUCUUCCUCUUCAUUAUGGCUGCCGUCUGCGUCAUCGUCUGCUGCUGCUUCAGUUUCUACUCUGCUUCAGAAUCAGAUUGAUACAGCUCCUCUCUAUAUGAACCCAGAAACCCUCGCUCAGCUGCGCCUCAAUUUGUCUGUCACCGCCCUGCUGGUGUUUCGCCUCCCGUACAGCGUCGGUGCUGAUAUGAUGUCUGCUAAAGAGGUGCUCAGUGGAAACGAUGAGGUGAUUGGUCAGGUGCUGAGCAUCAUGAAGGCUCAGUCUGUGCCGUAUACUGCUGUGUUCACUGCGCUCCGGGCCUCACGGGUGAUUGAGGAGGCGUCUCCCACUGUACACUCUGUGGGUUCACGUUCCCUCCUGCAGUCUAGGCAUGGGGAGCCUCCUGCACCGUACCCACCAGUGGAGUUUAAGGAGAAGGGCUCCACCUGCAUCCUCUUGUGGGCGGAAGAACUGGUGGUCAGCCAGUAUCGGUCAGGAAAGUGGGAGAGACACGACCUCGCCUCCAAAACCUUUGGCGAAGGUGUAAUGCCUGACCUGGCUGGAUCCUCCUGCAGUGAGACUCACUCUCGACUUGUUCUGAACUACAAGGAUGUCCUGAAUUUCCAAUCUUUCAAGCUCAUUUUUGUCAUGAAUCAGCAUCACUAUAAGGUUUCUGCUCGCCGCUGGUUCACAAUGGAUCUGGUUCAGUUGGAGUAUGAUGGGAAAAAGGCCUUGUUUAACGCCAGCCACCACAUUUAUGCUCCAGCAGAGUACUCGUACCGCUGUGAGUCCGUCAGCAGUUCCCGCUACCCACAGCUCUCUCCACACUCGGCCAAUGACAACGCCAACGAGUGGCAGAUCUCAUUCGAUGACUUCCAGAUCCAGGCCUUUAACGUGGCCGGGAAGGAUUUCUCUUAUGCAAGUGACUGUGCUGGUUUCUUUACUCCUGGUAUCUGGAUGGGGCUGGUGACGUCUCUGCUCAUGGUGCUGGUUCUCACUUAUGGCCUUCACAUGAUCAUGCAGCUCCGCACCAUGGACCGCUUCGAUGACCCCAAGGGUCCUGCCAUCUCUGUGCCCCAGACCGAGUGAAACACACAGAGCCAGUUUCCUCUCUUAUCUUCACAGCAUCAGUGAUUGUUUGGGGAAAGAAUGUGUUGUUCUGUUCUUGUCUUUAUGUGUGAUUGACAUGCUGCUAGUUCUUGCAGUGAUAAUCAUUUCAUGUAGUAGGAUGUUUAUGGCUGAGUCUCACUACAGCAUCAUAUUUCACCCCAAAAUCAAAUAAUAAAUUCUAUUUUGCAUAAAGAAAAUUAAGCUAAUUUUAAGGCCAUUAAGAUUUUUCCAUUCUGACAUUAUUUACACUACAAUUAACAAUUAUGCAAAAACUUCUGGGAAAAAAUCUGCAAUAUGAUUAUUUUUUUCCAGUCGCCAUCAAUCAAAGGCAGUAAAACAAAUAUUACCACAAAGAAUACAUACCUUAAAGUCAGUGCAUGAAGUGGCUCGAAAAAUUCUUCAUUUACUUUAUGCACAUUGUUUUGUGAGAUUCAGCCCUAAUAUUUUGUUUUCGACAAAAUAUAAGCACUAUAAUUUUGUAUCUUUUUAUCCCUGUGCUUACUUUUGUGGGAAAGUUUUUUUGUUUUGUAAUAUGUGUUUGUCGUUGGAGGCUUGAGCCAGUAUUUUGCUGUUUGUAAAAACCAUUUGAUCAUCAGAUUUAUUCAUGAUAGCCUGAGCUGUUUUCAGUUAUUACCACUAGAGAUUUGAACAGAUCUGUGUUUGAACUUCAUGAAACCAAUUUUUGACCAAGGCUGAGAAGAAAUAUGAUGUAUGUUAAUGUAUUUAAUGUUAGCAGACAGAUGCAUAGGGACAUGUACUAUGAUGAUCUAAACAUCAUAUUUGACCCAUGCACUAAUAAUGGAGUAACUUUGUGAAACACUUCUGUUGCAAAUCUGCAUGUUAUAAAUUAUUGGUACAAUAGAGGUACAAUAGAGAUACACCUAUUCACGAACACUGAUGUUUUGAGUGUGCUGUUAUUGUAAAUAUGAAGAGAGGAAUUAAUUGCUAGAUGAAAUAUAAUUUAUUUGUGGUGUUUAUGAAUACAGUAUUUGUUUUUGAGAGUACUUGCUCUAGUCCAUGUGUCUAUAGUUGAUUCCCUGUCUGGGUCUUGUGAGAAUUUAUGUGUUUUAUGACCACAUAUGGAAGGGGUAAAUAUUGGAAUAAGGGAAAAAUGGAUCUUGCUUUACUAAAAAACUGUUGUGCACUGUAUUUAAAUAUUAGCAAAGAACAAAUCUUCAAAGGCAUUAACCCAGAGAAAAGCUACUAUAUAUAUUUUUUGCCUCUAAAUAACCAAUAAUCCAAAAAUGUACAUUUUGACAUUUUUAUUGCUGUGAAUCCAUUUCUCACAUAGUUGUCAUAACUGGUAUGUAAUGAUAGAAUUAGAAACAACAUAUGUACUAUUAUAAAAUAUUAUUUAUCAUCUCAUGCAGGAAAGCUUGAAAGGAGUGCACUCUUAAACACAAAGAAGGAAAAAUUGCUGAGUGUCAAGUUGAAUUCAAUGUUGUGAUUUUAGCUGAAGUUAAAGCCUUGGAUGGUUGUGGUCUAGACUACAAAUAUUUCUGGAUGCAAAAUAAACUACAUUUUCAUUUUUCAAA